AUGCAUGUAAAACGUGCUAGUGAAUAUGGUGACAUUAAAACAUUAAAUCAAGCAGUGCAAUUACUCGAUAAUGAAAAAUAUAAAUCUACACAUCCUAUACAUCAUCGUGCAUCAACAGGUCAAACAAAUACAGUGACAAUAUGUACAUCUGUUAUUGAUUUCAAAAAAUCAAUGCUCUAUGUUUAUGAUGAUAAUCCAGCAUUGACAACAAGUUCAUCUUUUUUUGAAUUUGGUUUAAAUAGUUUAUAG